AUACGAGCUCGAGCUCCUCCUCUUCAGUUCAGAAGCCGAAAAGACUUCUUCUUCUUCUUCUUCUUCUUCUUCAUCGGUCAACCGAAGCAACGCCGGAAAAUUUUCCCCCAUGACGAACCCGCAAUCGCUGCCGGAGCCGGACCUCCCGGCGCCUCCCCCGCCGGCGAUCCGCACGCACCCGGCGGCCCCGCGCGCGCCCCUCGUCGCGACCCCGACGGCCGGCGCCAGCCGGAAGAUCGCGAUCGCCGUCGACCUGAGCGAGGAGAGCGCCUUCGCCGUGCGGUGGGCGGUGCAGAACUACCUCCGCCCGGGCGACGCCGUCGUCCUCCUCCACGUGCGGCCGACCUCCGUCCUGUACGGCGCCGACUGGGGCGCCGUGAGCUCCCAGCCCGCCGGUCACGUGUCCGGGGAGGAGUCGGAGAAGCUGGAGUCCGACUUCGACAGCCUCACGACGACCAAGGUGGGCGACCUGGCGCAGCCCCUCGUGGAGGCGGACUUCCCGUUCAAAAUCCACAUAGUGAAGGAUCACGACAUGAAGGAGCGGCUGUGCCUGGAGGUGGAGAGGUUGAGGCUGAGCGCGAUGAUAAUGGGCAGCCGAGGGUUCGGCGCCGCGAGGAGGGCGAGCAAAGCGAGGCUGGGGAGCGUGAGCGAUUACUGCGUCCAUCACUGCAUAUGUCCGGUGGUGGUGGUUCGUUUUCCGGAGGAGGAAGGCGGCAGGAAGGGGGUGGCGGAGGAGGAAGGAGAGGAGGGGGAGCUGGAGUUGCAUCCGGUGCCGGAGGAGGAGGAUCUGGAGGAUACCGAUGCUUCCGACGAGCAUAAAGAUUUAUAAGGAGUAAAUGCUGCUUCUGAAUGUCUUCUCAGUCUCAUGUCAGGGCACUUCCUCUAAUCCAUCCUUCCUAUCUCCCGUUAAGGCUCUUCACUGUCUGUUGAAAGUUGACAACUUCAAGGUGACUUCGAGUUGAAGAAUGUCGUCAUACUGAUGAGCACAGUCGAUCUCCUUUCACAGCUUCGCUUUCUUCACAUAGAGGCAGAAAAAUUUCGUGUUUAUUUCAUAAUGUACUUGAAAACUUGAUCCCUGUAAAUCUGUUCCGUCAGAAUGUUUUUUCAGUGGGACUUAUAGUUGUAAAAAGAAUGAUUUCAGGGAUUUUUUCCUUUUGUUGUAAUAUCAAAGAAAAAGCAGCUAGAGAUAUCGUUCUUUGACAGUUUA